AUGAAGUCACCAGCAAGCCUCACAGAGGAGCAUGUGAGCGUCGGCCCAACAAGAAUGUCGCCGGACCGGGAGAAGCGCUUGGGUCGCCAGAUCAAGGAUCUGGAGCAGGCGCAGGACGCCCGCGUCUCUGCUUUGGAGAAGGCGGCAGUGUCUUUCGACGUGUGGCAGCCGAGCAUCGAGGGUACCAUUGAUGACAUCUGCCUCGAGGUGAAGAAGAUCUCAUUCGGUUGGGAGCGCGCUAGCAUCACCCACCCGGAAGACAAGUCCGGGUAUCAUGGGAAUUCCAAUUCCAAAAUUCCUAAGGUUGAUUUUCCUAGAUUUGAUGGUGAUCAUCCCAAGCUAUGGCUCAGUGAUUGCUUAGACUACUUUAGCCUCUAUCAUGUUGAGUCCAUUUCAUGGGAAGACCUGAGCGCGCAGCGGAAGCCGGAGGUUCGCAAGUGGGACGUAUCGUCUAGAGCCAAGCCGUUCGCUAGGAUGGCCCUGCCUCUACCUCUACCACCGGCACGCGUCGACAAACCUAUGGCGCCGGUGGAACUCAAGCCUGCUCCGAACAUCGGCCGAGCUCCAUCUACUGAUGAAAGAUGGGCGGCCCUACGUUCGCUCAGGCGCUCUCAGGGGUUGUGUUUCCGCUAUGGCAGUAAAUGGUCACGGGAUCAUAGGUGCCCUCAAGUUGUUCAGCUUCAAGUAUUGGAGGAAGUUUUGGGAUUAUUCUCGUUGGAAGAAUCAACCGAGCCUUCUGACGCAGUAGUUGAAGAACCUGAACCAGCACAGCUUCAGUUGAUUCUGUCCGUGGCUGCAGUUUCUAGGGUCCAAGUUGCUAAUGGUCAGGCUUUGUCCUGUACUCAAUUCAUUCAUUCUGCAGUAUGGUCUGUUCAGGGAUUGCAAUUCAAGUCUGAUAUCAAGGUGCUGCUGCUAUCCUCUUAUGACAUGAUAUUGGGCUUAGACUGGUUAGAGAGUCACAGCCCCAUGCAAGUUCACUGGGCUCACAAAUGGCUCAAGAUUCCUUAUGAGGGUACCACAGUUCAGCUGCAUGGUUUAUUGUCUUCUAUUCUAGAGGGAUCUAUUAUAUAG